AUGGAAUUCGCAUGUCUUCAGAGCUUGACAAAAAACAUUUCCAGAUAUGCUGCAGAUAUCAAGCCGUUGCCUCCCAAUAUAAAGGAUAAACUGAUUAAAUUAAUGAGUAUUCAGGGGCAGAUAACAGAUUCAAAUAUUGGUGAGGUGCUGCAUCCUUCAGUGGAAGCUUUAGACCUCAGAGACUGUGAUGUUUCAGAUAAUGCCCUGUUGAAGCUUUAUAUCUGCAAACAUCUAAAGAAAAUAAACUUGAAUUCUUGUAAAGAAAACAGAUUAGGCAUAACUUCAGAAGGAGUUGCAGCUCUGGCCUGGUCCUGUCCUUAUUUACGCGAAGCUUCUUUUAAAAGAUGCUGCAAUCUGUCAAACAGUGGAGUACUUGCUCUUGCACUCAAUUGCAAACAUUUACAGAUAGUUAACUUAGGCAGCUGCUCAGGCAUCACGGAUGCAUCCCUGCAUGCGCUAGGACAGAACUGCAAAUUUCUACAUAGUGUGGACUUUUCAUCUACUCAGGUAACAGAUGAUGGUGUCAUAGCACUCGUUAGUGGAGUGUGUUCAGAAAACUUAAAGGAGAUCCACAUGGAACGCUGUGUAAAUUUGACAGAUAUAGCUGUGGAAGCUGUUCUUACCUGUUGCCCAAAGAUAUACAUUCUGUUGUUCCAUGGAUGCCCACUGAUGACAGAUCGUUCCCGAGAAGCAUUGGAGCAGUUAGUUGGACCAAACAAAAUCAAGCAAGUGACAUGGACUGUGUAUUGAUUUAGUGUAAGGGUCACAGAUGGUAUAGCUUUUUCAGGAAAUUACCUCUUCUGGGGAACAGAUUAUAUUCUGGUGACUGGUACUUUCUCUCACCAGAUUGCUUCAUUCUCUCUCUCUCCACUAGAGGUCUCUGUUACCAUCCAAGUGAUUUCAGGUCCCAGGCUCCUGUAUCAAUGCCUUGUUAUUUGGUAUUUUCUUUAAUUAAAGCACCAUCUUUCUUUACAUCA